CUCUAGUCAAGAUAAAUCCCCAAUAGAACUCAUCUCCUCUUCCGGGAAUUACCCGCAGACGGUACUCCGUACCAGAGUACUGUAUGCAUUGUAAUGCCCUAACUUUUCCAAAUUACAGGGGGUUCUCAUAGCUCCAUAUUAAUUUUGUUUGGCGGCCCAUUUCAGGCUGUCGUACGGACUACUCCGUACCCAGUUAGUUGUGCUCCAUUCAAGGGCGAAUUCAAUGAAUGAGGAGUGGGGUAAACAAAUACUUUUCAUAGCACAAUAACUAAUAGCAAGUGGCCUAGAAAAGCCAUAAGCCUUCCCGUCGUCGUACCCGAUAUAAAACAACUCUUCCCAACUCAAUUCACGAUGUCCUCAUCCCCAGCCAUUGGCGGCUUACUAGCCAAAACUAUUACUUCGCCGGCCGCUUUGGGUUUUAUCCCGGUUGCUGCUGAGUUUCGGCUCUUCAAUAUCCUGACCGAAUUCAAUCGACCCGCUCCAAGCGAGGACGUGUUGGCUGCUUUCAAGAACGGCCUGGCAGAUGCGGAUGCUUCUACGACCCCUGUGCCAUCAGGCUUGCUCCUCAUUCAGGAUACACUUUUCGCCAUGGCGGGUCUGGGCCUGGUGGAUCUUGUGGCGGAGGAUCUGUAUAGUGCGAACGCUCUUACUCGCCAUCUGGCAGCAACCCCGUCGGCCGUCCAUGGGGCGAUUCACUUCACUACGGAGGCGCUCAUGGCAGCGGCCUUCCUAAUGCCCAAGCUCAAAGCACAAAAUUUCAACUAUCCGUUUCGGGAGUGUGACGCUGCCAUGCAGUAUGCUUACCACCAGAUGGGAAAGGAGGAGCUGGCAAAGCAGCAUACCUACGCGAUCAUGGCCGCGGAGGGGCGCAUGGAGAGUUUCAAUAGUUUCAUGGUCGGCAAAUUUAUGAAGGCCAAUAAGACCCUGGAUCGUCUGAAGGCACUAGGCUAUGACCUGCCAGCGGUUGUGAGUCAAGCCGGCCCCUCGACUUCGACCGUCAUGGUUGAUAUCGGAGGUGGGAGAGGUGAGUUGCUUUUGGAGCUCAAGGAAUCGUUCCCCCAAUUCCGAACUACCGAUCUCAUCGUGGAGGAGUUCAAUGACGACCUGGGCAAUGUGCCGGGGAUCACUACCGUGACUUGGAAUUUCAAGGAAGACCACAGUCCGCAGCCGAUCAAAGGGGCGUUGAUCUACCAUCUUGCCCAUAUCCUCCACAAUCUGUCAGAUCUGGAAGCUGCACGGCUGCUGCAGAAACUAUCCGAUGCGAUGGCCCCCUACUCGAGGAUUCUAGUGCACGAGUUUACAAAGAAUGUCAAUUACGCCUUCAUGCAUGCUACUAUGGUGGCGCUAUUCGGGGGUCGUGAGAGGACCUCUAGAGAAUGGCACCAGAUGGCUGCCUUGGCCGGUCUGCAGGUAACCUUUGAGGCCUACCCGGAAUUUGGAGAAGGAGUGGUGGAAUUUCGCAAGCUGUAGAUUUUGCCAAUUCUCGGGAUUGUACGACGAUAUCAAACGAUGCUUUGGAUUGAUUGGUCUGUACCUAUUCCUCCACUAAUUAUUUAUACUUUCUCUUUCGUCCGUUCGGGGAACCGGAAGGGGCAACGGACUGUGUAGCCAAAGGAUC